AUGCAGUCCGCCGCUUUCAAUGGUUCAAGGGUGGCUAGGCCGUCCGUUUCUGUGCGCGCCGAGCCGCCCUUUGCUGGCGACCUGUCGGACCCGAGCGACACAUGCAAGCUCUUCGUCGACCGGGAGGGCAACCUCAUCCGCUGCAUGUGCUGCGACUACGGCUUCCGCGCGGGCGCGGGGCGGCUGUACCAGGACCGAUACGGGGAGGUGCCCGGCGGCAUCCUAGACAUGGCCACUGCGAACUUCAAGCACGAGCUGUCAGCCCUCCGCAGCUCCUUCAGGUUCAACGAGUACGACCCCAUGCUCUCUGCAUCCACGGGGCCCCUUGCAAAGGUCCUGAGCAGCGCGGGCGGCGCUGUGGUGCGGGGCCUGGGGUCGCUGGACUCGUGGCUGGAGGGCAACAGGCUGCUGCCAAAGCUGGAGCGGCCCCAGGUGGACGCGGCGAUGGCAGGGGCAGACGGAGGGAUGUCCGAGGAGUGCAAGGAGAUUCGCGCCAACCUUGCGCAGCUGAAGUUGGAUGACGCCACGGUGUGGGCCAGGGAGGAGGAGCGCAAGGCCCGCGGAGUGGGGGUGGUCCCCGCCCCCUGGUGGAUCAAGGCCCCCUUCUGGGGGCUGUGCGUCGUGCUGGACCUGCUCUUUGCAAACAGGCCCAUCCAGCGCUUCUGGGUGCUGGAGACUGUGGCCCGCAUCCCCUACUUCAGCGCCAUCAGCCUGCUGCACUUUUAUGAGUCCCUGGGCUUCUGGCGCGCGGGCGCUGAGCUGCGCAAGGUGCACUUUGCUGAGGAGUGGAACGAGCUGCACCACCUGCAGAUCAUGGAGUCUCUUGGCGGCGACCUGCUGUGGUUUGACCGCUUCGUGGCGGAGCACGCUGCUCUGGCCUACUACUGGGUCUGCACGGCCGAAGGCGUCUGGUUGGCGGGGGCGCUGGGGCGCCGCGGCGCUCCGUCGCCAAUCCUGGUUUGCUGA